UCGCCGCCGUGAGUCAGCGGAAAGAGGCCUUAGCAACGGGGCCUGGCGACUUCGCGGCCUUAGCAACGGGAGUGCGGGAAGCAUGGCGGAGAAAGCCGGCGGCCUCGGGGAGCACGCCCUUCGUGUGGCCGAGGCCGGCCAGGCCCUGUCUCGCCCCCUGGCCGCCUUGCAGGGGGACUCGAGGCAAGGCCGGCUGGACGCCCUGGCCGGCCUCCGAGAAGCGCUGCUGGAGCGGGCCUUGCCUCCGGCGGUGGUGCAGGAGAUCUUCGGCAAGCUGGCGCUCCGGCCGCUGCUCCGCUGCUUGGCCUCCGACCCGGCCGAGCGGUGCCGGGAGUUGGCGCUGGAACUGACCGCGCAGGGCCUGAGCCGCGGGAACCAGCCGGCCCAGGCCUUGCCCUUCCUCAUGCCGGUCCUGGCCCGGCGCCUCGGCCCGGCCUGCGACGGCGGCGGCGCCGCCCUGGCGCCUUACCUGCCCGAGCUGGGGCGCGUCCUGGCCGGCGCCCUCCUCGACCCUUACCCCAAGGCCAAGCUCGAAGGCUGCGCCGCCCUGGCGGCUUGUGCCAAGGCCAUGCCAGAGCAUUUUCACCUGCAGUCGGAAAGUCUGAUCAAUCCUCUCAUGAAGACCAUUUCCCACCAGCACUACCGAGUCCGUGUUGCUGUCGUUCAAGCUACGGGAGCAGUGAUACAGUUCGGCAAUGUGAAGUCUCUGGAUGACGUGCUUCCUCACUUAGCUCAGAGGUGUUUUGAUGACAUCCCACAGGUUAGAGAGGCUGUUAUCAGUGUCAUUGGGGAGUGGCUACUGCACCUGCGAGACCGAUAUUCUUAUUUUCACAAGUUAAUCCCUCUGCUGCUCAGCGGUCUUACUGAUGAAAUGCAUGAGAACAAGGAGCUAGCUCUGACAUAUUGGAAAAAAGUUGGUUCGCAAUGGGAAAAAGAAAAUGAAGAUGAUAUCAAAGAUAAGUGUGACUUCUGUUGUGAGCCGUCUUUUUAUCCUCAAGGAUUGACUCGUCCAGAACUAGGGUGCCGGGAGCUUGUGACCAGGAACCUCUCCAAAAUACUUCCGGGUCUCUGCCAUGAUAUGAAUGACUGGGUUGAAGGCACAAAAGUGAAGGCAUCCCAGCUUCUGGUGAUCUUAUUGCAACAUGCCGAGGACCACACGACACAGCACAUGGAACUGCUGCUUCGGACUUUGUACCGCGUCUGCUCAGAUGAGCACAGAAUCAUAGUUAGGAAUUGUCUGGAAGCAGCAAAGCUGAUUGGCGUGUUUGUCAGCCCAGCGGUGUCCCUAAAGUUAAUAGUGUCUGAUCUUGAGAGAGCGCCUAUGCCAUCUUACCUUAUGGUGCUAGCAGCAGUGAUACGAGGUUCGCCAAGGAAGAUCUUGCAGCCUCAUCUGGUCUACCUUUCUAACAUGCUCUCCCAGCCUGAAAUCAGUCAACGAUCUGAGGAGGUCUUCUACGUGACCCAGUUGCUUUGCUGCGUGGAAGCUCUCAUUGAAGUGUGCCAAGACGACUGUAAAGAAGUAAGCCUGCAACUAACCAAGGUUUUGGUAACGAUCAUGGCAAUACCACCAAACGUUGGACACUUACACGAAAAGAUAGAGGAUGCAAUGAUUUCAUUGGCUAAGGUGCAGCACUUGGAAGGCAUUGUUGGCCUGUACCGUCAGCAUAUGGCUCAGCUUAUGGAAUGGGUAUCUUUAACUCAUGAUAGCUGGACGUGCUACUCUCCAGAAUUGCUGCAGCUGGAUGUCAUUGCCACUCAUUCAGGCCCUGUAAUAGGCGAAGCGCUUAAGGAUUUUAUUUGCAUCCUUAAAACAUGCCUCCAGACAUCCAGAGAUGCCCGAAUGCGUCUGAAGCUGUUCUCGACCUUAUCCCAGCUGCUUCUAAAACCGAAUGAGACUCUCAAUUCUGAAGGGCGGUUCUGUAACUACCUUGAGAUCCUGAUAAAAGACAUCCUGGCUCCGAAUCUGCAGUGGCAAGCGGGAAAAAUAGCAGCUGCCAUCCGCACCACCGCAGUGUCCUGCCUCUGGGCUCUUAUUUCCAGUAAACUCCUUUCUCCAGAAGAGAUGCAGCGCGUUGGAGAGGAACUGUUGCCUAAGAUAUUGACCACACUGGAGGACGAUUCUAAAAUGACCCGCCUCAUGUCCUGUCGGAUUAUGGGCACACUGUUAGAUUGCUGCGGAAAACAGUUUGAUCUUGUCAAAAUUUGUCCAGAACUUUUAAAUCGUUUGGAAGAUGCCUCCCGUGAGGUCCGUCUAGCUGCUGCGAAUGCCUUGACCUGCUGGUUUAAAUGUAUCAGUGAGAAGGAAGAGAAAGUCCUGUUGAAAGAUAACAUAGAGACUACCUAUCGGAUAUUGUUGAGUCACCUGGAUGAUCCUGAUCAGAACAUCCAAUCUGCCACCUUAGACGUUUUGAAAGAAGGCGGUGUUCUCUACCCAGACAUCUUGGCAAAAGAAAUUAAAGCCGUUGUGUACAAACAUCGCACUCCGACCUACUGCGAUCAGCUGCUGUUGCACAUGGAAUCAACAGGCUGGAGAGACUCUGGAUCUUAAGUGCCUCCGUGACAACACACAAGCUCCAUCAUAUAUCAGGAACGGAGCCAUCUAGUUUGUACCAGGGAAACUUGGCACUUCAAUAAAUGACAUCAUUUAA